AUGACAACGUUUUACAACUGUCUCCCUCGAGACAGUCACAGUUUCUUGAGGGUAUAUAUCUGCCAGCACUGCCGCUUCGAGACCGGAACCUCCCUGCAGGUCACUGCGCUACCAUACAGCCGCCCGCGCGCGCUCCUGCUCACGUACGUACGCACGCUUUCCCGCCCAUUCCCCUCACAGCACGAUCCCACCCCCUCCGCUCGCGCAGCCGCAGAUCCCUUCCCGCCCAGCAUCGCCUGCCCGCCCACCGUGACGUCCGAGCCAAGGCGGGCUUCCCAGUGCGGCUGGCGCCGCCGGGGGCUCGUAGCUCGCAUUGGUCAGGUGACUUUCUUUGACCUCUGCUUAUUUGUUUUUAGAUUGCAGUCCUCAGAAGAGGAACAGCUCCUAACUUAUCAGGCUGCUGACAAAAACAUAUGUGCAGAAGCAAUAGGGAAGAAACCUUUGUGGUGUCAAAAUAGUAUCCUGAGUUUUCAUAGAUUUUGUUACCUUUUACAGUGUAAAGGAAAUGAAGAUGGAGAGACUGUUAUUGUUGAAAAAGACCAUUUUAUGGAUGAUUUUUUCCAACAGGUUGAGGAAAUUAGAAAUAACAUAGCAAAAAUAGCACAAAAUGUGGAAGAAGUGAAAAAACAGCACAGCAUUAUCUUGUCAGCCCCAAAUCCUGAAGGGAGAACGAAGGAGGAACUUGAAGAAUUAAAUGAGGAAAUAAAGAAGAUUGCUAAUAAAAUUCGAGCUAGGUUAAAAGCUAUUGAACAAAGCUUUGAUCAGGGUGAAAAUGCAAAUCGAACAUCAGUGGAUCUCAGAAUAAGAAAAACUCAGCACUCUGUAUUAGCUCACAAGUUUGUGGAGGUCAUGACGGAAUACAACGAGACCCAAACUCUUUUUCGAGAGCGCAGCAAAGGUCGGAUACAGAGGCAAUUAGAGAUAACUGGAAAGACCACCACUGAUGAGGAACUGGAGGAAAUGUUAGAGAGUGGUAAUCCUUCAAUUUUCACUUCUGACAUUAUAUCAGACUCCCAAAUAACUAGGCAAGCUCUGAAUGAAAUUGAGUCACGGCACAAGGAUAUUAUGAAACUGGAGUCCAGUAUACGGGAACUACACGAAAUGUUUAUGGACAUGGCUAUGUUUGUUGAGACUCAGGGUGAAAUGAUCAACAACAUAGAAAAGAAUGUGAUGAAUGCAACAGAUUAUGUGGAACAUGCUAAAGAAGAGACAAAGAAGGCGGUUAAAUAUCAAAGUAAAGCACGAAGGAAAAUGUGGAUUAUUAUCAUUGUGUCAUUGGUGUUGAUCGUCGUAAUUGGUCUAAUUAUUGGUUUGUCUGUUGGUAUUCGGUGAUACUUGGGUAACUUCAGCAUGCAUGACUUCCUGCCAGUGUGGCAAAAUUGAUAUUCAUAAUUAUAUGUGUAACUGUACUACUUCUGAUACUUGGAAUUAUCCUAGCAACAACACUAUCAUAGCAAGCGUAUUCUAAAAGCUACACGCUUCCAGAAGCUCCAAAAGAUAUCUUCAGUAAAACCAAACCUUUUCUGAUAGAAGAUGCCUUACACAAAUAUGUGAUGACCUGUCAUUAAUGGCUAAAAUGAAAACAGUCACUCUUAUGUUUACUUAUAAAUGAAGAUUGGAAUGUACCAGGUUAUGUAUAUUUUUAUCAUAAACUAUAAAUUUACAGUAAGACUGAAACUUGCUUUUAAUUGUUUUGAACUAAAGCAACUUGGAUGCUUUCAUAUUUCAGUGUUACAAACAGUUUAAAUAGGGAGUUAAGAUACUUGAGUUUUAACUGUUUGGAUUUUUUUUAUUCCUAUCACUACUAUAAUUCUAAUCACAAUUUUUAUAGCCUUGCCUGUGCUGCUUCUAAGUUAGUAUUUCUGUGAACAUAUUUUUAACUGUACCUAUGCCUUUAAAUAUAUUUAUUCAUCUUAACCUGUCUAUCUUAAUACUUAAAAGUUAUUUCCAGCAAGUGAGAAAAUAUUUUAUCCUGAAAAGACCACUUAGAUAUUUACUGGUCUGCCUCCUACAUUACACUUUGAAAAGCAAAGAUUUUUUUUUUAAAACUUAACAGUUUUUUUUUCUAUAUGACUAUGGCUUAUUGCUUUAAAUAUUUCCUUGUCUUUAUAUUAGAAAAUAUUUUCUGGUAGAAGUAAUACAGAAACAAAGCACACAAUUUGAUCUUCAUCAGGUAAUUUUACAAAUGGUCUUUGUACAGAAUAACAGUUCAGCCUUAUUGCUUGCAGGAAUGAUAGAAAUCAUACUUGCUUCAAUAAAGCCAAGUCAAGAUUUGAUUUUCAGAAGCUUGCUAAUGUUGAGGUGUGAAUAGAGCACAUGGAAGAAUAAACAGUCAGAAAACUUAAAAACGUAAUAUAAACUAAGACACUGAUUUGUUACAAAAUGUAUGUACUAUAUAACAUAUAUGAAGUGUUUUAGUGAAUAUGCAUCUGUAUUGUAAUACUAGCUUGCAGUACUUGAAAGUUUGAAAGACUUCAAAUGUAACCAAAUAACUGCAUUUAAUGUUAAAGGUUAUUUUUGUAUUUUGUGUGUAAAAUAUUUGUAACUUGAAUUUUUUGAUUUCUCAUUGUUUAGGAUAUCCAUGUAGAUAUGUAGAUAUAUUUACACUGUAAGAGAAAUAGAGGAAAUUAUAAUGUAACAUUUUAAGCGCGAUUUAAAACAGUGCUUGUCAAUGUUUCCAAAUAUUAAACUAUAACAUUAUUUGCAAUAACUCAAUUAGAAUCCUUGAACUUAUGUUUUAUGGGAAGUGUCUGAGAUCAGUUAUUCACUAAAAUGUAAUUCAGUCUUUUUUUUACUUCGUAAAAUUCAACCAAGUUUACAAUAUAUUAUAUAUGUAUGAAUAUUCCUGCUUUGUCCGAUUAUCCUGUGAAUAUGCUGGAGCUAUUCAGAUGUCAAACAUUAAAGACUUUAAAAACUCUCUUUUGCAAGCCAGCCAUAAAGAAGUUGAAGAAAUUAA